CACAGUGGUGGAUUGUCCUGUGUGCAAGCAGCAAUGCUUCUCCAGAGACAUCGUAGAGAAUUACUUCAUGCGUGAUAGUGGCAGCAAAGCUGCCACUGAUGCCCAGGAUGCAAACCAGUGCUGCACUAGCUGUGAGGAUAAUGCACCAGCCACCAGCUACUGUGUGGAAUGCUCUGAGCCACUGUGUGAGACUUGCGUAGAGGCGCACCAGCGGGUGAAGUACACCAAGGACCACACUGUGCGUUCUACUGGGCCAGCCAAAUCUCGGGAUGGUGAGCGUACUGUCUAUUGCAACGUGCAUAAGCAUGAACCCCUUGUGUUGUUCUGUGAGAGCUGUGACACCCUCACUUGCCGAGACUGCCAGCUUAAUGCCCACAAGGACCACCAGUACCAGUUCCUAGAGGAUGCAGUGAGGAACCAGCGAAAGCUCCUGGCCUCCCUGGUGAAGCGCCUUGGGGACAAACAUGCAACAUUGCAAAAGAGCACCAAGGAGGUUCGCAGCUCGAUCCGCCAGGUAUCUGACGUACAGAAGCGUGUGCAGGUGGAUGUCAAGAUGGCCAUCCUGCAAAUCAUGAAGGAACUGAACAAGCGGGGCCGUGUACUGGUCAAUGAUGCUCAGAAGGUGACUGAGGGGCAGCAGGAGCGUCUGGAGCGGCAGCACUGGACCAUGACUAAGAUCCAGAAACACCAGGAGCACAUCUUGCGUUUUGCCUCUUGGGCUCUGGAGAGUGACAACAACACAGCCCUACUGCUUUCUAAGAAGUUGAUCUACUUCCAGCUGCAUCGGGCCCUCAAGAUGAUUGUGGAUCCUGUGGAACCACAUGGAGAGAUGAAGUUUCAGUGGGACCUCAAUGCCUGGACCAAAAGUGCUGAGGCCUUUGGGAAGAUUGUGGCAGAGCGUCCUGGCACCAACUCAACAGGCCCUGCACCCAUGGCCCCUCCGAGAGCCCCAGGGACCCUGAGCAAGCAGGGCUCUGGCAGUGGCCAGCCCAUGGAGGUGCAGGAAGGCUAUGGCUUUGGAUCAGAUGAUCCCUACUCAAGUGCAGAGCCCCAUGUGUCAGGCGUGAAGCGGUCCCGCUCAGGUGAGGGUGAGGUGAGCGGCCUCAUGCGAAAGGUGCCACGAGUGAGCCUUGAACGCUUAGACCUGGAUCUCACAGCUGAUAGCCAGCCACCCGUCUUCAAGGUCUUCCCAGGCAGUACCACUGAGGACUAUAACCUUAUCGUUAUUGAACGGGGCGCUGCUGCUGCAGCUGCUGGACAGCCCGGGACUGCGCCUCCGGGAACCCCUGGUGCCCCACCAUUACCAGGCAUGGCCAUCGUCAAGGAGGAAGAGACAGAGGCCGCCAUUGGAGCCCCUCCUGCCACAGAGGGCCCGGAGACCAAACCUGUGCUAGUCGCUCUGUCUGAGGGUCCCAGUGCUGAGGGUCCCCGCCUGGCCUCACCCAGUGGCAGCACCAGCUCAGGCCUGGAAGUGGUGGCUCCUGAAGGCACCUCAGCCCCUGGUGGUGGCCCAGGCACCCUGGAUGACAGUGCUACCAUUUGCCGUGUCUGCCAGAAGCCGGGUGACCUGGUCAUGUGCAACCAGUGUGAGUUUUGCUUCCACCUAGACUGCCACCUUCCUGCCCUGCAGGAUGUACCAGGGGAGGAGUGGAGCUGCUCACUGUGUCAUGUGUUGCCAGACCUGAAGGAGGAGGAUGGCAACCUCAGCCUGGAUGCUGCAGACAGCUCUGGUGUGGUGGCCAAACUCUCACCAGCCAACCAGCGGAAAUGUGAGCGUGUUCUGCUGGCCCUGUUCUGUCAUGAACCUUGCCGCCCCCUGCAUCAGUUGGCUACCGACUCUACCUUCUCCCUGGACCAGCCUGGUGGCACCCUAGACCUGACCCUGAUCCGCGCCCGCCUCCAGGAGAAGUUGUCACCCCCUUACAGCUCCCCCCAGGAGUUUGCCCAGGAUGUGGGCCGCAUGUUCAAGCAGUUCAACAAGUUGACUGAGGACAAGGCGGAUGUGCAGUCCAUCAUCGGCCUGCAGCGCUUCUUCGAGACGCGCAUGAAUGAGGCCUUCGGUGACACCAAGUUCUCUGCUGUGCUGGUGGAACCCCCGCCGCUGAGCCUGCCCAGUGCUGGUCUGAGUUCCCAGGAGCUGUCUGGUGGCCCUGGUGAUGGUCCCUGAGGCUGGGCCUCCCAUGGCCAGUCCAGUCUGGGUCUAUUAUCUCCUUCACCCCAUCCCCACCCCCUUGGUGGCCUGAUUCCCACUCCCUGGUGGCUCCAUCCCCAAGUCCCACACGAUAAAUGGUUUUUACUUCUGUGGAUUUAAUAAAAACUUCACCAGUUCCUCA